AUGGUAAAAAGGAUUUUCGUUCAAGGAUUGAGUUCUGAUACAACGGAAGUAAUUGUUAAAAAGUAUUUCGAACAGUUUGGAAAACUAUACGAAUGUGUGGUGCCGACUCCACCUAGAUAUUUGAUUGUUGAUUCUGGUCCCGAUAAUGAAGAUAUUGAGACUCGUUCAGCUAUUCGCUAUGAACCUGUCCAGAAUAGCGUAACACUCGACGAUGAGCUACAUGUGGAACAGUACAACAUUGAGAAACAUGGAUCUUUCGAAAGUUAUAUGAAGAGAGUUGGCGAAGGAGAGGGUUUCAUAGAAGAGAAGAGAAGAACUUGCGCUGGUUACGCCUAUGUCACUUUUCUUGAUAUGGAUGGCUAUUCGAAAUGUAUGAAAUCUGAUAUCCACGAGAUCAACCGAGUAAAAUGUACAAUUGAAUUAGCCAAAGACGAGCAAGAUGAACGGGUGAAAGUUGAAUCCAAGAGGCUUUUUGUUUCAUUCUUCCCACUGGAGAGGUUGACAUCGAAAGAGUUGAAAACCUUUUUUGGAUCUCAUGGAAAAAUUACCGACGUGGAGUUUGUCAGUGAUUCUGAAGGACCUUUGCAUUUCUGUAUCAUCACUUUUGCAGACCAUAGUACAGUCGAUUUGCUUUUGAAAAAGUCAAUUUACAUCAGAGAUGUUCUAAUAUUUACGAGAAGAGCAGUGCUGAAGGAAUCUAUAAAAAUGGCCGAGCAUAAAUUGAAAGAACAGGCAAGGCAACAGCGGAUCCACUUGCCAGCAAACCACACAGCAUAUCCGACCCCGUCUCGCCCUGUUACGUUUCUUCCUUCUACAUCUGCUCCAGAUUACUGGAAUGAUCCUUCCGCUGGAGCAGGAUAUGCACCUUUACAUCCCCAGCCUCCUGAAGCAGACCCCAGCUCUCAAUACGGGUACGGACCGAGAAAAUGGUAG